AUGGCUUUCCUCGCUGCAUUCAUCCAUAUAGCCCUCGCGAUUGUUCCAGCUCUCGCAGUAGGCGUAGCACCCGGCCAGAUCAAGAACCUGAUCACCUUCGGCGACUCUUACUCUGACUCGUCCAUCUACCCCGCUGCUGACGGUGGCUACGCGUGGCCGACAUGGGUCGCCGACUACGCGCAUGUCAACCUGUACGGGCUCGCACGAGACGGCGCGACGUGCUCCAACGCGCUGACACCUCGCGAUUUCCCGCCAAUCGAGGAGUGGCAGCUACCGCAUUACUUCGGCUCCCUCGCGAACGGGACAAUCCCAUACCUUGACCCGGAGGAGACGAUGUAUGUCGUGUGGAUCGGGACGAACGAUGUCGGCGUUGGUCAGUUGAUCUCCGGACCGCCCAAUCCCGACGUCUCGCUCGUGCAAGUUCGGCAGUGUGCUGUGAGUGUUGUGAAGCAGCUGUAUGAUAGCGGGGCCAGGAACUUCAUAUUCAACAACAUGUUGACACUUGACAAGACCAUCCUAUAUUCCAACUACUCUUAUCCGAAUGUCUAUUGGACAGAGCAGCGGAACACGACGGAAUGGAACGUCUUCAUGAAGGAAAUCGUCAUGGCUGGUAACAUGAUGACCGACUACAUGCUGCGGGAAACGGUUACCCAGAUGCCUGACGCUCACGUUGCGUCGUUUGACACCAACGCGCUGUUCACGGAUAUGUAUUACAAUCCACAGAACUACCUGAAUGGCACGGCGUCACUGAACGUCACCGGCUGUGUACACUCGUGCGUUUAUGCACUGAACCAGAGCACUGCCGAUACUGGCGACUGCACUAUCGCUACCGGGAGCGAUGCUGACAGCUUCUUGUGGUACGAUGAGUUGCACCCGUCCCAACAGAGCGACCGAAACCUCGCGAAGGAGAUCACGGCCGUCAUUCAGGGAGGACAGAGCCAGUGGGCCACAUGGUUGUCAUAA